AUGGCACCUGCCAUUGGCGCGGAGGAGCAGGAGCUGCCGCUCUUCCACCCGUCCCCGUGCGCCUACUACGUGCAGAGCCCCUCCGCGGCGUCGCACACCCUCAGCCACCCGGCGUCCGACUCCACGGCGCUCAUCCUCUCCCCGUUCCCGGAGGCCGCCUUCGCCGCCCCGCGCCGCUCCACCCGCGAGCACGACGCCGGCGCCGGCCGCCACGAGCACGACCAGGAGGCCUCCCGCCUCGCGCUGUCCCGCUACUCCUCCUCCCGCGGCUCCAACAACUCCUUCCUCACCGACAAGAAGCCGCAGCGGCAGGUGCUGAGGGUGGUGUCCGGGCGGUCCUCCGCAUGCGACGACGACGACGACAGCGCCGACCGGAGGAGCGGGGCGUGGAGGUACGUGAAGCUGGACCCGGAGGCGCCCUGCUGCUGCAUCGCGUUCCAGGUGGCGUGGAGGGUGGCCGUGAGCGUGGCGAUCGCGCUGCUCGUCUUCGUCGUCGCCACCAGGCCCGCCCGCCCCGGCGUCUCCUUCAAGGUCGGCAGGGUCGAGCGGUUCAGCCUCGGGGAAGGGCUCGACGGCUCCGGCGUCAUCACCAGCUUCCUCAACUGCAACUGCUCCGUCGAGAUGGCCGUGGAGAACCACUCCAGGGUCUUCAGCCUGCGCCUCCUCCCGCCGCUGCUCCGCAUGUCCUUCGCCGAGUUCACCUUCGCGACCGCGCAGGGUCAGGGGCCGUACGCCGCCGUCGUCGGGCCGGGAGCCUCUGCGACGGUGAGGCUCUUCGUGGCGGCGCAGGAGAAGCCGAUGUACGCGGCGGGCCGCGGCAUGCAUGACCUGCUCGAGUCCGGCAAGGGCGCCGUGCCGGUCACCAUCACGGUGCGGUCGCGGUCACGGUACCGCGUCGUGGGGAGCCUGGUCAGGCUCACGUACCGCCACGACUCGCAGUGCGUCGUGUACCUCAGGAGAAGAACGCCGGCGCGGGACAACGCCCUCGUCGCCGCUGGCGGCGCCACCUGUUCCGCCGCGACUUUAUAA